AUGCCCAGUCGAGCAGACACGCUAGUCCACAAGUCUGCGGAACUCUCUGCGACAUCCGGGUUUCCCCCCGGAUUCUGUCUCACCGACGAGCUUUCCGACUACGUCCAACUUCUUCAAGGAUGCUGCCGCAGUUACGCAGAUGACAUCGAAUUUGACAAGCUCUUUGGCGAAGCGUUCACGAAGCUCAACUCUCGUGGCAUCAACGAGGUCUCCCUGGGCGUCCUUGCAGGUAGAGCAGAAGACAUGAUCGAGUGGGGCAUGCGUUUGUGCACAGGCUCUGGCGGAGCGCAGAAAGAUAUUCCAAUGGCGCUUGCUCUGUGGCAGCAUAUCACCAGCCCCAGCACUCUCUACCCUCCACUUUCGCAGCCACCGAGCCGACGUAUCCUCGCGACCGCCUACUCCCUCCAAGCGAAAGUCUACAAGGACCGUGCACACAUUGACGUAGAGACACUCCAGAUUGGAGACAUGCAUCGCGCAGCCGUCGCCGCAGACGCCGCGGCAGCACAAGGGCUCGUCACGCCCAUCGUGCUCUUCAUCGCGCAGUUCGUCGCGAUGCCUUUCGGGCCUCGGGGUGAUGCGUCGCUCAAGGACAUGCCGCAGUUUGCUUGUCUGUCGGACUUGUGGUGCAUAUGGGAGCGGAGGAACGAGGAGAUGCAGCUGGAGCAGCUGGCGCGGGACCGCAAGGUCUCACGGGCGCCGAACGCGUACCGGUGUGCAGCGGAGGGCUGUGGGAUCGAGGGUACGAAGAAGGCGACACUGUUGAGAUGCGCGGGGAAGUGCCAGGGCGCGAACAAGCCGCACUACUGCAGCAAGGAGUGUCAGAGAAAGGACUGGAAACGCCAUAAACCGAUGUGCAAGCCAGGGGUCCCCAGCCCAGCAAAUGGACCUAUCGAUCAUGUCGCUUUGCCGGUCGAGGAAGCUAGCCGGUCUCUCGGGCACGGUGGAGGAGAUGCUCUAUCCAACCAUAGCCCUUGGGACGAGGAUCUCUUGCCACGAGUCCCAGGCAAGGAGCGCAUGAUCACAGUGCCAGCCCCAGGUCCCCGGCAAAAUGGUGCAGAUAGCAUCCUCCACGAUGACCCCUGCGAUGCUUAG